AUGGGCAGCCCAAUGAAGAGCUUAGUCAUCAUCUUCUUCCAUUUCUUCAUUCAACUGUCAAGUGCAGGCAGCUACAAUGUCAUAACUUUGGGUGCAAAACCCGAUGGGAAAACCGACUCGACCGAAUCAUUUAUGAAGGCAUGGAAAUCAGCGUGUAGCUCCCUGACACCAUCCAUCAUCAACGUCCCCAAGGGAAGGUUCUUGCUUACACCCAUCACAUUUAGAGGUCCAUGUAAAAAUAAGAUUACAUUUCGCUUGAAUGGCACUCUUGUCGCACCUCUCGAUUAUCGUGGCCUCGGAAAUUCUGGGUACUGGAUUUUGUUCGUCAAAGUUGAUGGCGUUUCUUUCAUCGGCGGCAAUAUUGAUGGAAAGGCCACUGAGUAUUGGACCUGCAAGAACUCUGGAAAAAACUGUCCCCCAGGAGCUAGGUCAAUAACAUUCAAUUGGGCAAACAACAUCAUAAUUAGUGGAUUAACAUCGAUCAACAGUCAACAAAGUCAUGUUGUGAUCAAUAGCUGCAACAACGUAGUAGUUAAAAAUGUGAAGAUAAUGGCUCCAGAUCAAAGCCCAAAUACUGAUGGCAUUCAUGUGCAAUCUUCCACUAACGUAACCAUCAUUGGAAGUACUAUCAAAACUGGAGAUGAUUGCAUUUCUAUUGGAGAUGGAACUAAAAAUUUGUUUAUGACUAAUAUCAAAUGUGGGCCAGGCCACGGUGUAAGCAUUGGAAGCUUAGGAAAAGAGGUGAACGAAAAUGGAGUUGAAAAUGUAACAUUGAUGAAUGCAGUCUUCACCAAAUCCGAUAAUGGCGUCAGGAUAAAGACAUGGCCAACGCCUAGCAAUGGUUUCGUAAAACACGUUCUCUUUCAGAAUAUCAUUAUGAACAAUGUUCAAAAUCCAAUCUUAAUUGAUCAAAAUUAUUGUCCCAACAAUCAAGGUUGUCCUCUCCAGAGUUCCGGAGUGAAGAUUAGUGAUGUGACGUAUAAAAAUAUAAAAGGAACAUCAGCAACAUCGAAAGCUAUAACAUUUGAUUGCAGCUCUAGCAAUCCAUGCAGUGACAUAAGAUUGCAAGACAUAAAGCUUACAUAUAAAAACAAGGCAGCAACUUCAUCAUGCAAGAACGUUGAUGGAUCGAGUAUUGGAGUGCUCAUGCCACACACAUGCUUCUGA